UGUAAAGCACAAGUCCCGUUCUUGUCCUUGUUGGGUGUCCUUUUUCUCAAUCUCUUCACUGACUCGAGUUUCCUGAUUCGGAUUCAGAUCACGCUUCUCUUUCUCUGCAAUUCUGAAGCAAAAACAACGAAGAAGAAGAAGCUGCAAAAACCCUAGGACUCAGAUUGAGUUUCGGUGGUUAAUGCGAGAGAGAGAGAGAGAAAUGGAUCAACGAAAGAUGGACAAUUUUGCAGCGGACUCGGCGCCGUCGACUUCUCAACCUCCCAAUCGCUCCCACGGCACGCACCCAGAUCCCAGAUUUUGAUGGGAAAGCUUGAAAAAGUGCACUCAGUUUACAGAAGGGAAAAGGAAAAGAAAAACCCAGUAAGAACAUGGAAUUUGAAACUCAAAAGACAAGGGGUUGAUGGGGAAAUAAAGGACCCAGUUACGGCAAGGAAAGUUCAGAAGGCUGACCGUGAGAAGUUGAGGAGGGAUCGAUUGAAUGAGCAAUUUCUCGAGCUGGGGAACACAUUAGAUCCAGAUAGGCCCAAGAAUGACAAGGCAACAAUCCUUGCAGACACGAUCCAAGUGCUCAAGGAUUUAACUGCUGAAGUCAACAGACUAAAGACCGAGUGUACAGGACUUACUGAAGAAUCACAUGAGCUAAUGCAGGAGAAGAAUGAGCUCAGAGAAGAGAAGUCAUCAUUAAAAUCUGAUAUUGAAAAUCUAAAUGUUCAGUAUCAGCAAAGACUCAGGGUUAUGUUCCCAUGGGCUGCCAUUGAUCCUUCUGUUGUUAUGGGUCCACCUUAUUCGUACCCAAUUCCUGUCCCUGUCCCUGCUGGUCCGAUCCCUAUGCACCCAUCUCUGCAGCCCUUUCCCUUCUUUGGAAAUCAGAAUCAUGGUGCCAUUGCUAAUCCGUGUUCAACUUUCAUCCCCUAUCCAACUCCUCCCAACCCUCCAAUGGAGCAGCCACCGGCCCCAUAUGCGUCCACUUCCCAGAUUUCAAGCAAACAAGAUCCCAAAAGUAAAUCACCAGAUCAUCAAAAGGCCAGCAAUGUUGAAAGAUGUGAUGAUUCUAACGAUGUGGCAACAAAACUUGAACUGAAGAUGCCUGGAUCAUCUGCACAACAGGAUUUAUCUUCUGUAGGAAGGAAGGGCAAGCAAUCACAGAGAAAAGACAGAAGUGUCACUGAAAAUGGCUCUUCAAGCAGGUAUUCUUCAUCUCAAGGUCUUCAAGAUAGCCCCUCCAACAGUGUGGGUGACAUGCCAAAGUCCAAAAACUGAGCCUUUUCUGGUUGUUUUUAUCCGCUGACAGCAUCGAACUGCUAACCUUUUGAGGCGUGUCUUCUGUGACACCUUGAUACUAAUGUCCUCCCCGACUUUCAGAUGGCUUAACUUCUGAUCAUCUCCACUAACUGAAUCUCCAGUUGGAAAGCAAGGGGUUUUCUUUUGCUGGUUUGGAGCAUUUGUUAAUGGGGGCUUGCUGCAUGGUUCUCCCCCGCAGCCUGGGCUAGUAGGGCCUGGAGGCACUGGUUGGACCCUGCCAUUUAAUUGAGCUAUCCCAAACAAGGUUCUAUUAUUCUGUGGUCGCGGAUUCCUUAUUAUUAGGUUGUUAAGAGAGGGAGGCUGCAGGGCCCACCUUCUCUUCGUAGCUUAGGAUGCGGUGGACCCUUCAAGUUCAACCCCUCUCUCGCUUAGGUGCUCGAAUUUCAGAAAUUCAGACAGCAGCCUAAUAACAGGGAAUCCCGAUCUGUACUCUAUACAUACCAAGGCUGAGUCGGAAAUGCUUUCUAACAUGUUUUGAGAACCUUUGUAGUGACUGUAGUUGUUGCAUAGAUGAAUGUGUUUGUAAUUAUAUUUAGGAUGUCCCUCUCUGUUUGAUCUGUUGGCAGGAUUCACUUGUAAAUGGCUAAUUGGCACUUUUAGUUA